AUGUAUAGCGACUAUACCCCAGCCUUCUCUCUGGAACGAAAACGAACAAAGUACAUCCUGACGCUCCUGGAGGGCCGCAUGUCAAAUACGUUGGCCGCGUUUCCACCAGAGAUACGUCGCUUGGUUGCGCGUGACCUCGUUCGGGAAUACGCCGUGAUCAAUCUGCAUCACCUGAUAAACACUGCACCAACCGUUCCCGACACGGUUGCCAUUGACCUGGAGCAUGACGUGUAUGCGUCGUAUGUGCGCAUUGAGGGGAGCACUUAUGUCCAGUCUCUUCACAACAAAGCACCCGAUUUCGCCAACCCAGGCUGUAAGCAUAUCCAUGCCCCGCUUUCAGGACAGGUUGUACGAAGAAUAUUCUUGGAGUAUGAUCAUCUUGGCAUUCGAGGGGUUCAUAUAGGCGCCUCCACAAGCUCUUUUCGGCAAGCGGCUGGCGACGUGUGGUGGGUACAGCUUCGACGGGAUCAGGGAAUUCGUUCUAUCUUGGCUGUGUCUGACGGCCUGAAAGUCAGGGGUAUCAUGGAUGGAAUGGAGCAAGAUGCAGCCGGUGGUUCCAUCAGGGCGCCUGCUUGGCCAGAGCCACUCACAGAUUAUAAACUGAUAAACCUUGACGGGCUGAAUUAUUCCGCCUUCCCUCCAAGGGGACUGAGGAUGAGCCCCGUCGAGUUCAAUGCCUCAGAUGUCAAGGGAUAUCUAGUUGCUAUUUACCGACGACAGUUGAUAAAGCUUCAGGCACACCGCCAUACAGCAAGCCUCAACUUCUACGACGACGCAGACAUGAUUUGCAAGGAUCUGGUCUGGAUCUACAUGCCUGUAGACCAAGGAGAAUACGUCAAAGAGAUUGGGGCUUUACGGUGUGGCGGCAGGCCCCCAAGCCAGUUGCAUUCUCCUCCAACUUUGAUGCUUGUUACCAGUCGUGGCCGAGUGUCGAUAUUGGGGAGGAUGCUCAAACCCAAUUUUCGGUACACCUACUCCCGAAUACACGAGAUGGGGACUUCACCCUCGAAAGUAUAUCUGAAUGAAGUGGACAGCGCACGAGAUGGGCAGCGAGCCAGAUACAUGGGGGUGCACGCCACGACUCCAACGUGUUGGGAGAAGUCGGUCAACCCUGAAGCUGCGAUACCCAAAGCUGUCCCGCGUCGGUUUGGCCAGUCGUUGUUCUUCUCCUGCUGUCGACUGGAGAAUGUCGAAGCAGUAACGCCGUGUUGUGGUAAAAGACAGCGACACCGACCCAUUAUAGGCAUGUUGCUUCAAUACGAUGACGGAACUCGUUCCUGUGUCGGUCAGUAUCGGCUGGACUGGGCGCUGGAUCCUGUCGUCGUACAAUCCGAGCUGCCCAUGUGGAUUCGGCAAGGAGAGCUGGAAGGCUCCAAGAAGUUUGUGAGCGAAGUUCGACUACACGGACGGAAAGACGGUGAUAAUGCGAAGUCUUGGCAGGAGAUCCCCUGGCAUGGCAAAUUAGAGUGGUGGUACUCAAGCCAGGAGGCGAGUCCUCCUUCGAAAAGGAGGAAGCGUGAAACUGAGAUCAAGAAUGGUAGCAACUGGCCGAAAAGACAACGGUACCACAGCAACGAUACCCUAGUUCUCGACGAGGAGGAAGAUAUCGUGGCCGUCCUCGGUGCCAUUCCUGACAAUGUCUCUAGUAAACAAGAGUUUGCCGACAGCUCGGCUCCGAUGCAAGUGGCCCAGGACCUGCUGACGGAGACGUUUGGGCAUAAGGGGCUUCGUCACGAGCAAGAGGGCGCAAUCCGACGCAUCCUCGCCGGCGAAAACGUUCUAGCCAUCUUUGCCACUGAUACCGCCGUCGCCUUGGAGCAGCUUGACUGCAGGCAGAGAUCAAAAGCGCCAGGCGAGCAUGGCAUCAUCAUUGUCGUCUCACCGCUCAUCGCCUUGAUCAAGGACCAAGUGGAUUCGUUAAAACGACGCGGUCUGCCCGCCGACUGCACUGACUCGUCAAAAUCGUGGGAACAGCUGCAGCAGAUUCCUGCGGCACUGCGACAUGGCAAGCUUCGCAUCCUGUGCUGCGCUCCGGAACGGCUGAACAACGAAGGCUUUGUCGAAACGAUGCGCAACGUCCGUGGCGGUGUCCGCCUCCUGGCUGUCGACGAGGCCCAUUGCAUUUCCGAAUGGAGCCAUCCGUUCAGGCCCGAGUAUCUCAAGGUCGCCGAGGACAUCUGCAGCGCCUUCAAGGUCCAGCCAGAAGGCGUGUUUCGCACGUCUUCAUGCCGGCCAAAUCUCAACCUUUACGCCCGGGCGACCAAGACCAAACAUGACAAGUACCCCCACCCGUCUACGUCACUCUCCAGCAGCAGGCGGCCGAGAAGGCGGGACACGGUGGGCAUCAAGCGAGUGCUCGAUGCGUGCGACGUGCGCGACGACCCGAGGUUUCUGGCCAGGAUUGCGCUCGGCAUCAAGGGCCCGCGGGUGACGCGGUUGAAGAUGGACAGGCACAAGGCGUUCACGUCCCUGGCCGACCACGAUUCCGAGUAUCUUCCGACGGCGUUUACGAUGGCCUGCGCUGAGGCUGCAAGGUGGUGGACGUACGUGCGUGACGAGCCAAGGACUGCCUGA